CGAAAAUGAGAUCUACAUACAACGAAUCCAAACAUGCGAUAUUCGUCUCAGAUGUUGACACGUGUUGUUCGAUUGAUGAACUGAGGAGGAACUAUUCGCGCAGCUGCAACAAGAAGAACUCUUGUCACGGCCCUUGUAAAGCAAAGUCGAAAAAAAAACGAAAGAAAGGCGUCGAUCGCGCACAAAUUUUUCCGGAGAAACUCUCGUGUGGAGUGGAGUCAAGACACGAAGAGACCACCACUAAAAGAUUUCCUAGUGAUUCGCGCACUCGCGAACAAGUGUAUCAGCCUCGAGGCUGUGUGCCCUACAAGCCACCGCCUGGGAUGACGAAAGAGACAUGCGAACGCGGCAGCUGCUUCCCAUCUCCAUGCGACAGCGAGAAGAAAUGCUCCACAGACACCAAGCCUGAAAAGUUGCCGAGACGUAAAGAUUCGGAUAGACGUGUGACUGUAAAUUCUAAAGUGAAAACAAUAGAGCCACCCAGUCCUUGUCCUCCUGAACCUGCAACGAAGAAAUGUGAAGAAACAACUCAAAAAACGAGAGUUAUAGAAGUGAAACCUAAAGAAUCAAUCAAGUCUAUUUCACAAGAAUGUGGAUGUACUGAGGCACCUCCUGCAGCACAGCGGUCGGUGUCAAGAGAAAAACAUAAAAAGAAAGUAGAUAAAUCAUCAUCAGCACACAGAGUAAAGAAGCCGCAUACAGAUGAUUGCAAACCGAAAACUAAACCGAUCCCAACACUAAAGCCUGCGCCAUCCUGUGAUAAACCAUCGAAGCAAAACAUUAAAAAUUCUCUUUUAUCAGAUACGAAGAAAAUAUCAACAGAUAGAAAGAGAAGACGAGACGAAGUUAGAGCUAAAAUUAAUACGUCUUUAAGUGACACCCAAACCUCUCGGGCAGGGCUCCGACAUUCGUCCAAUGACAGUCGUAUGAGACCACCUUCGAGACAAACAUCAAAAACAAGAAAUAAAUCCGCACCGUGUAACUAUCGAAAGCCAGAAAAUGAAAACAUGAAAAGCAAUACGAAAACUGUACCAUCUAAAGAAACUACGCCAUCUAAAGGACUUUCAGAUGUAAAAAUACCUAAUAAACCAAAGUCUGAUCAAUGUGAACCGAAAGUGUGCACCGACGCCCGGAAGAUUUCAGCACCAACUCGAGAUGUUGCUGUAGACAUAAGAUGUCCGAUCUGUACAUGCGCCACGCAAUGCCACGGCACGCGUUGCUAUCGCAGCACUGAAAUUAUAAAUCCAAACUUAAAUGGUUGUCAUGACAUUAUGUCGCCUUCGAGAUAUCUACUAGAGUCUCAAAGGCAUUACAAUGAAAUGUUCUCGUCAAAGUUUCUCCACACGAAUAUAUGCCCUGCAUUUGUGUCUCAAAAGCAAGGCGGUUUUUGUGCAUCAAAGAUCAAACGAAACUCUCUGAGAGGCUACAAGGCAAAGAGGCCGGAACACCAUUCGUUGCGGCGGCAGACAAGUCCAAGAGCGAGCGAGGACCGCACUAGAUCUGACGACAGCACAAGACCUGCCAUCAGGCUUUUGAAAGGAAUGAGACGAUAUAGACUAAGAAACGAAGCUAAAUUAAACGCUGUGCGGGAACAAAAAUGGAAAAGGCAUGUUUAUAAAAGUCCCACGAACAAAAGUUUAACGAAAUCUCAACAAAAUUUAUGUCUACAAUACGGUGCUGCCGAAGACAAAAGUAGCAGUUUAGUUGGGCACUGCAAUUCUGCGAGUAGUUUUUGAUGAAUGAUUGUUUUUAAUGCUGUUAAUUUUGGUGUCUUUAC